AUGGUGCCGGGAAUCGAAACGCGAUCAAAUCGGCGAUUGAUCGUCUUGAUAGGCUACUUUUUGGGCAUGAACUCAUGUGGCACGUGGUGGUGGAUAAUUUUCGCCGUCUUGAUUGCAGCAUCUCUUGGAACUCGUUUGUACAAGGUUGAUGAGCCGCGACAUGUCUGUUGGGACGAAACUCAUUUUGGGAAAAUGGCUAGUUGGUACAUCAAUCGAACCUUUUUCUUCGAUGUUCAUCCGCCGCUUGGAAAGAUGCUAAUCGCUGCGUCAGGGUAUUUGACAGGGUAUGACGGCAAAUUUGCGUUCAACAAGCCUGGUGACGUUUAUGGCAACACUAGCUAUGUUGGAAUGCGCGUUGCAUGCGCCGUACUUGGAGCGACUUUGACGCCCAUGACUUUCAUCACAUCUUGGGAAAUGACGAAAUCUCUGAGUGCUGCUUCUUUGUCUGGAACAUUGGUUCUUUUUGACUUCGGAGUGCUUACUUUAACGCAAUACAUCUUGCUGGAUUCCUAUUUGAUGUUCUUCAUUGUAGCAGCGGUCAUGUGUUUGGAGAAGUUCCUUUCAUACCGUGAAAGUCCAUUCUCAGUUUUCUGGUGGAGUUGGAUGCUUCUUACUGGAACUUGUUUGGCUUGCGCUUUUGCCGUGAAGUUCGUCGGACUGUUCGUGGUGCUAUAUGUGGGCGUGAGAACUGCUUGGGAUUUGUGGGAAAUUCUCGGAGAUGUGGGGAAACCAUUUGUGUACACCAUGCGUCAUUUUGUGGCUCGGACUUUGUGUCUGAUUGCAUGGCCCGCGGCCUUGUAUGUACUAUUUUUUUACAUUCAUUUGCAAGUUCUGUCAAAGACCGGGAACGGUGAUGGGCAUUUUAGCUCAGCUUUCCAAUCUACGUUAGAAGGAAACCCCCUUCACAACGCUUCUAUGCCAGGCGAGUUGGCCUUCGGCGCGGAGAUCACGAUCAAGAAUAAUCGAGUUGGAGGUGCAUAUUUGCAUUCGCACUUCCAUCUCUACCCCGUUGGAGUUGGAGCACGACAGCAACAAGUGACAACCUAUUCUCAUAAAGAUCCCAACAAUGUAUGGGUUGUGAAGCCUUAUGAUGCUCCUAUUCCCCCACUGAAUGGCACUGAUGAAAUCGAGCUGGUUAAAAACGGGGAUUUGAUUCGCUUGGAACAUAAACUGACGCGAAGGAAUCUGCAUGCCCAUAAAGUUGCGGCACCGUUGUCUCGAAAGCAUUACCAAGUCACCGGCUACGGCGAAAACGGGACUGGGGAUGCGAAUGAUAUUUGGAAGAUAGAAAUUUAUGGGAAGUCGACUGGAGGCGACGUCAUUCAUCCAGUCCGAACGACGUUUCGUUUGAUUCACUACAUAACUGGUUGCGGAUUGUUUUCGCACAACAAAAAUCUACCGAGAUGGGGAUUCGAACAAAUGGAAGUAACGUGCAAUCCGAAUCUUCGAAAUGACAACAAUCGAUGGAAUAUUGAAGAAAUUAAUUUUCCUCGAAUGCCGAAUGUUAGCAUGGAAAUGUACAAGCCGUCAUUUUUCGAGAAGUUUGUUGAAGCCCACGCCGUGAUGCUGCAAGGCAACGCUGGUUUAAAGCCUAAACCGGGAGAAGCUUAUGCGAAACCAUGGCAAUGGCCGAUUGAUUUCAGAGGACAAUGGUUUUCUGCCGUGGAUUCUUUGCAUAUUUAUUUGCUGGGCAAUCCGGUGAUUUGGUGGGGAAAUAUAGUUCUCCUUGGCGUAUUUCUUUGCUGUUUGUUUCUGAAUGCCGUGAAAGCUCAGCGGGGAAUUGAAGAAUCUCCUAGCGAAAGUGCUCGAAAGCGGCAGAUAAAUUGGGCGUGCCUCUGGCUCUUCGUUGGCUGGAGUCUCCAUUACCUUCCAUUCUGGGGAAUGGGCCGCAUUCUGUAUUACCACCACUACUUCCCUGCCCUUCAUUUUUCCACGAUGAUUUCCGCCUUAACCGUCGAUUACUCGCUCCAGACGGUUUGUGCCAUGUUACCAAAUAGAUAUGCUUCAGGUCUCGUUCAUUGGACGCUUGGAGUGAUCGUCGCUGUUGUGGCAUAUAGGUGUCUUGCAGAUCACAUCGCCAAUAAAGCGACAUCCACGUCGCAAAAAGAGGUUAUCAUCGAAAAUUCACUAGUUUCCCGGGCAUUCGUGAAGGUAACAGAAGGAAUCGAUAUGUCGUCCGAAUCGGAAUCCAGUGGGUCCGAAUUAAUUGUGUCAGUUGAUGCCUCUGUUGAAAAUGUCGAGGAGCUUCCAGAGAGCGAACCAGAAUGGGAAACGGAAUCCUCGGUAAACCGUGUAGGAUCUGAAUUCAUUACUUCGCCGAAAGAGCCUUGCUUUUCGGCGGAAAUCGGCGAAGAGUGCUCAAAAACUACCUACUCGCCUAACCCGAUUGAAGUAACCGAGUCCAGCGUUGUUCCUAAUAAAGAACGUUCAACUUCCCCCGUUGGCUUAGGCCUGUGUCGUCGUAUUUAUUCAGAUGACUCUUGGGACGAAGAAAUGCCGUUGCCAAAUGCUCUCCCCCGAGGACCUGCUGUGUCCAGUGUUAAGCCUGUGUUGGGAAAGUGUGUUCUAGUUGAUCGACGCACUUUCCGUGUCGAUAUGGGCUUCCAUGAGAAAGCAAUAGAGGAAUUCAAGAGCAUUCCGUCACGAAUUUACGACAUGACAUCGAAGAGAUGGAGCUUUGCGCUCACGGAUCACGUGAAGCUCAUGUCGAAAUUGAACGCUCUUCGUCCUCAUGUUGCCGUCGCCGAAAUUCCCAAGCAUGUUGUCGAGGUAAGCUCGUUGAUUGCGCAUUUUCUUGCCAACGCCGAAAAACCUCGUGUUCCAAAUAUUAGCCUAGGAGCCGUGGAACCUUAUCUCGCCUCGAGCCUAAUGCCCUUUCAAAAAGAUGGUGUUCGGUAUAACUGGGCUCAUGAUGUAACGCGUUGGAUGCCUAGCUUGCUUGCGGCUGAUGUCUGCGUUAUUGAUUCAAAAAAAGCCAUUCCGUCGGACGCCAAAGUGAUCUUGAUUUCGUAUGAUUUAUUUGCUCGUCGAGUUGAGGAAUUCAAAAACCUGCAAAAGCCAAUUGGUAUAGCAAUUAUGGAUGAAGCCCACAUGUUGAAAAAUGGCAAGACAAUUCGUGCAAAAGCUGCGAGGCAACUUUUGAAGAAUGUAAAACGGAUAAUUUUGCUGACGGGAACCCCAGCAUUGUCUCGUCCCAUGGAGCUUUUUACUCAGUUGCAGCUACUGAAUUGUCGCACUUUCGGGAAUUUUCAAGCAUUUGGGAUUCGGUAUUGUGACGGGAAAAAAACGCCGUUCGGUUGGGAUUUUUCGGGUUCUUCACAUAUGGCGGAGUUGCAAAUGCUGUUGGAAGAUACGGUAAUGAUUCGUCGUUUGAAGAAAGAAGUUCUGGAGCAACUUCCAGCAAAAGAACGUCAAGUUGUUCUGCUGGAUCCUUCCACAAUUGAGAAGCCAACAAAGGCAAUGAAUUCCUUGGUUUCACAAAUGAACAACUGCAAAAUAAAAGGCAUGGAAAGAAGAGGGAAGUUGCUCGAAUAUUUUCAUGAAACUGGACGCGUGAAACUUCGCGCUGCAUGGGGAAUGCCUGUCCCCCACAUUGUUGAUUGCCUCGAUUAUGUUAUGGAUCUGGUGGAAAGCGAAAACAAAUUUCUUUGCUUUGCGCACCACGCUCAUGUUUUGGAUGGAUUAUCGGAAACGCUUCGCAAGAAGAACAUUGAUUUCAUUCGGAUAGAUGGCCGGACGUCUUCGGACUUGCGUCGAGCGUAUUGCGAAGCCUUUCAAACUAGGGAAGAAUGCCGCGUUGCUUUGCUGUCGAUUACUGCCGCUGGUGUCGGACUAACUCUGACGAGUGCGAACCUUGUAGUAUUCACCGAGCUUUAUUGGAACCCUGGAAUCCUCACGCAAGCUGAAGAUAGAGCGCAUCGUAUUGGGCAGCAAGAUUGUGUUUUCAUUCAAUAUCUGGUAGCUGCGGGCACUGCGGACGAUCAUUUAUGGCCGAUGAUACAGCAGAAGCUGGAUGUGCUGAGCAAGGCUGGCUUGUCCAAGGACAACUUCAAGGAAGCGGAUUUCAUCGAAGCGCCGGCGAAGGAUCGUGGCAUUGCGUCCUUCUUCGAAACUAUUGUCGAAGAUUUGAAUGAGUCAAAGAAUCAAGAGUGA